CUUACUGAACUAGUAGAGACAUAUAACUCUCUCUCUCUCUCUUUUUCCCCUCAAAGAACGUAAAUCCCCAUCUAAAUGUCUCAUUUAAUCUGCCAUCUUAAUGCAAGUUACUACUACACCGAGUUCCCACGCAACUUAUAUAAUAUACGUGUGCAUUCGUUCCAUAAGUGGCUAAACCCGCGAAGAAAACAAGCUCACUCAAAUAUGGCACCAUCCCGCGUACUCUUCACAAUAUUGGUGCAUCUUUGCACUGUUGCUACCUGCCUCUGCCAUAAUCAACCAAGAUUCACCGCCAUAUACGCUUUCGGUGAUUCUUUUGCGGAUACGGGCAAUAACAAUUUCCUUGUCACGCUGCUAAAAGCCAACCAUGCCCCGUAUGGGCAAUGCUUUCCCGGUCGGGUAGCAACAGGAAGGUUUUCUGAUGGAAAACUCAUUCCAGAUAUUCUGGCUUCAGCGCUUGGGAUCAAAGAGUUCGUUCCACCUUUUCUGGAUCCAAGUUUGUCGCCUCAAGAACUCCGGACAGGCGUCUCCUUUGCCUCGGCGGGGUCCGGGUACGAUGAGCUGACAACCGUCUUGACUAACGUAAUCCCUGUUUCGAAACAGGCCGAACACUUCGAGCAUUACAUAGGGAGGCUGAACCAGGCUGGAGGAGAAGUUGCUGCUAGAAAUAUAGUUAGAGGCUCCCUGUCGGUGCUCCUGGCAGGAACCUCUGACUUUCUAAUAAACUUUUAUGACACCCCUACCAGACAGAUUCAUUACAACCUCACUGGAUAUCAAGAUUUUCUGCAGCACAAAAUCCGACAAUUUAUCAGGACGCUAUACGAUCAGGGGGUUCGAAAAUUUUUGAUAGCCGGGCUUCCUCCAGUUGGGUGUUUCCCAAUACAAAUAACAACAAAAUUGAGGUUUCAGUUAUCGUGCGCGGACGACGAGAACAGGGAUGCCCAGUCUUAUAAUCAGAAGCUCAUUUCCCUCUUAGCUAAAAUCGAACCGACUCUACCAGGGGCUAAGCUUGUCUAUGCCGACAUAUUCUCGCCGUUAAUCGACUCGAUCAUCUACCCUUCAAAAUAUGGAUUGGCCAUAACUAACAGAGGUUGCUGCGGGACCGGAUUGCUGGAAGCAGCGCUUCUGUGUAAAGAAUUCAGUCCGGUUUGCCCAAAUCCAGCCCAAUUCCUGUUCUGGGAUUCAACUAAUCCUUCAGAAGUGGCCUAUAAGAACAUAGCCCAAUUCUUACUGCAGCAUGCUCUGCCUCAACUCGCGUAAGCGAUCAACAGGAUGAAGCAUUAAUAACCAUCUCCAGUCCGCCCUUUGAUUCAUAUUUUCCUUCCAUUCAAGUUUAGAGCCUGUUUCUCCAAAUUUUCACCGUAGUUGGUGCGCCAAAAAAAAAAAAUUCGCAAUAUGGUCAGUUGAAACUUUGUGGGUUUAAUCUGAUACUUCCCUUUUUCAGCAUAUAAUAAACUGUUUGAGUUUGCCAUUUUCUUUCUUUACCACGCCAUAUAACUAAGACGUAAGUAAGGCAGCAAUUCUUGUCUGUAAUCGAAAGCUCUUGCAAAUGAAGGGAUGAUAUGGCGCUUUCCGAGUUGGGUAGAAGUGAAGGUGGCCUUUGUAUUUUUCUUUCUCAGCACUGUAAAUUGUGUGACGAUGAUCCAUAUUUCCGAGUUCCCAAGCAUUCAGAGCUACCAAUAAUUAAGCCUAAGAAUUG